AACGGAUAAUGCCACUGGAUCGUUGCCGGUCAUUGGGGUGGUCAUAAAAACUGCAGGUGUCCGUUUUGACUGUUUUUCUUCCAAUAACUUCAUCUGUUAGGGAAAUUAUAAUUUUUUUCAGAGUUAUUUUGCACUUUACGUGGCAACUUCACACUUUGUGAACUUCUCAAAGCAAAUUUAUCUCCCAAAGCAAUUAAAGUAGGGGAAAUGAAGGGGAACAUGGUGUUAAUUUUGGAGAAAGGUUUACAAUUUGAGUAAGGUGAAGGUGUUCAUUUGUAAGCAUUUCCUAUUACAUGGGAAGUCUUGAAAAGUCAUGCCAUUUAUUCCGGACCAUUAAGGUGAUAAUUUCGCGCAUUGUCACCCAUAUUCACACCGAUUUUCCUUAAGGAAUUGCCUCCGUAUUUUCUUAAUGUUCACCUUUGUUUGCUUGGGUUACUAAUAAUAACUGAAAACAACUGCACUCCGUUGAAGUACACUUUACUAGAUAAUUAUAAGUUUGUGCGAACAAUUUAUUUAAAAUAUGAAUCAUUUCUUUACUGAUGUCCUACUUCCAUGUUCUGAGUUGUUACGUGUUCCAGGGAAUCUGAAAUUAUCUUUACUAUUUUCAGGAAAUCUCAAUAUGAGUUACCGCUAUAUCCCCUCAUUAAUUCGAAAUGCGCCUCGCUUAAAGACACGAGGGAUCGAAAUUUUGCGCGACCCACGGACAAAUAAGGUUAGACUUCACCAUAUUGAGUUUUUCCUCAGGGUUCCUCGUAUACUCUCCAUGAACGCCAACUUCUGGGAAUUCAUGGACUGUUGCCACCGAAUCCCCAAAAUCAAGAUGUUGAGGAACAACGAGUUAUUUCAAACCUUUAUCAGCUGGAUGACAAUCUUAGCCGUUACAUGAUGCUAAUGUCCCUCCAGGAUCUUAACGAAAAGCUGUUUUAUCGGACUAUCAGAACACAUUUGGAGUAUUGCUUACCACUUAUUUACACACCUACUGUAGGCUUAGCAUGCUUGAAUUUCGGUUUUGUUUUCCGAAGGCCUCGGUAAGUUGCUAUAUUUCCCAUAUUUCUAGAGGUAUUUAUAUUACAAUUCAAGAUAGAGGGCAUAUUUUUACCUUGCUAAAGAAUUGGCCUGCUGAUACAAUCAAGACAGUAGUCAUGACGGAUGGUGAACGUAUAUUGGGUUUCGGAGAUAUGGGUGCUAAUGGAAUGGCUAUUCCUCUAAGCAAGGCUGUUCUUUACACUGCCUUAGGAGGCUUACAACCUUAUCAUUGCUUACCUGUGAUGUUGGAUGUUGGUACGAACAAUGAAAAGCUUCUGGAGGAUGAGUUUUAUGUUGGUCUUCGUCGGAAGCGGGCCACUGGAGAAGAGUAUAUUUCUUUCAUGGAUGAAGUUGUGGAGUCAUUGUCUGCGCAUUAUGGACCAAAUGUUUGUCUACAUUUUGCAGACUUCAAGAAUUCAAAUGCUUUUCAACUUUUAGAGAGAUAUCGUUCGAAUUACAUAACAUUCAAUGAUGACAUACAAGGUUCUGCUGUGGUUAUUGUAUCAGGUCUGAUGACUGCAUCCAGAGUGACACAAAAGAAAAUAUCUCAGAAUAGUUAUCUCUUUUAUGGUGGCGGGGGGGCUUCUAUCGGUAUAGCACGUUUGUUAGUACAAGCAAUUAUGGAGGAGGGUUUCUCUGAAGGUGAAGCUAAAUCACGUAUUUUUAUGAUGGAUUCUAAAGGUUUAAUUGUCACAAGUCGUGAACUUAGUGCAGCAAAAUCAGAAUUCGCUCGUUCUGAUUAUCCUCAAAUAGAUUCACUUUUGGAAGCUAUUCGAUUAAUUCGACCUUCUGUUUUAAUUGGUGCUUCUGCACAAAGCGGUGCAUUCACACGUGAUAUUCUUCGUGAACUGUCAACAAUCCAUAAGACUCCUAUCAUAUUUGUCCUGAGCAAUCAAUCAAACCUUGGCGAAUGCACUUCCCAGAUGGCUUAUAAGGCUACAGAAUGGCGAUGUAUAUUUGUUAGUGGUUCUUCUUCAGAACCUGUUCGAACACCAGAUGAUCGUUUAUUAAAACCGAGUCAAGGAAACAACUGCUAUGUUUUUCCAAGUUUGGUUAACGCAUUAUCAUUGGCUGUCAUUCGUCCGCUAUCUAAUAAAUUGUUAUUGACUGCAGCAAAGAAACUAUCUGAAUUAGUUACAGACGAUGAUAUACGUCAAGGUAGUAUGUAUCCAUCAAUUGCUAGAUUGCCAACGAUUACAAAAGAAGUCUCUUGCGCUAUUAUGGAACAAGCAUACAAGGAUAAUAUUGCAUUUUUUACUCCGGAACCAUAUAAUAAGAUGGAAUUUAUUGAAUCUUACUAUUAUGAUCAUAGAUAUAUUAAUUUUACACCUGACCAAUAUGUUUGGUAGCCAUUUUGGCACAUUUCUAUUCCGUUUCCUCUACCUGUCUUUGUGAGUAGAACUCAAUUUUAUCUUCAAACUGGUAAGAAUGAUUUCAACAUAUGUAUUAAUAAUGUUUGGCUACUACUUACUAUCUAUUCGUUUUAAAAUGUUGAUUUAAAUAUCGAUGUUCGUUGUAUUCAUACCUUUCUUCUGUAAAAUGAUUUUUCUGUUAAACGGUUUGUACCAUCUGUGGUGAUUAAAAAAGUAAUAAAAAUUAUGUCGUU